CAAGGAGGGAGGGCGAAAGGAAGAGGACAGUAAUGAAAAUUAAAGAGAAAAGAAAAAGUUGUGGGGGGACAGGAGAUAGGCUGGGUGGGUAAAGUUCCUCACACCAAGAUCCAGACAGCUUCUCAUCAGGGUGAUAAAAUCAAACCCCUUUAUGAUUGAAAACAACAACAACAACAUAUUUUCAAAGACAAUCCGAUAUCCUUUGCUCUGUAGGAUUUUAUGCAUGUUUUCUGUGAAUGAGAAGAUUUAGAGAAGCCUUGCCGAGGAUGAUUGGGGGAGAUGGAUGAAAAUGAGUCCACAUCUGAGGGUUUCAAAUAUCACUGACCUUCAAUCUACCAGAAGAGGAUCACUGACGAGGCCUGUGGAAGAAAAGGUGUGUGUGAGUUCACACGAGCUGUCCUUGAUUGGACCUCAAACUAAGGAAAAUGAAGUCCACAAUUCCAAGAAGGAAAAGCACAGUUAUUAAGGCUUUCAGCAAAAGCAGACAAAGUGAUGAGUAUGGGGCAUGUAAUGUAUCCCAAAAUGCAAUUCUGUUGAUGGAAGCCCAUGCUCACCUCACCAUCGGCUUGCAGUCAAGAGAGAGACUUUUGCUGCUUUUCACAGAUUCACUUAUCAUCGCCAAAACUAAGUCUCUGUAUCUAAAGCUGAAGGCUCGUGUUAGCCUCUCGGACAUAUGGCUGGCAUCCUGUGUUCACUGCAUCACAGACAGAAAGUUCACCUCCAAAAACUCAUUUGUGAUUGGCUGGCCGACCACCAACUAUGUCGUCACUUACAGUUCAUCCGAAGCAAAGGAAAAAUGGUUACAUGCUCUUCAGUGGCACACCUGCAGAGCCAGGCAGAAAGUCUUGCCAAACGCCAUUCUUCUCGACGUCCUGCUGAUUUGCCAUCCAGAUGACAACAGCUCAGCGACCGUUGCUGUGGCAGUGGACGUGAGCACGACGGCAGAAAAUGUGGUACACUACAUCAUACAGCAGUGCAAACUAUUGGGUGAAGUCUCGGACUACCAGCUGUGUGUAAACUAUGAGAAAGAAGAGGAAACAUACCCCCUUAUUGGCCAUGAGCUACCGUUCUUCAUUCUGCAUCACUCCCUGAGAAGUCAGCAAGACCAUUUGCACAUGCCCAGUGAGCCCUUGCAGGAAGCGUUUAGUUCUGGCCAGCAGACCGAGGCUACUCCCAAGACCCCCCACUUCACCCUAAAACACAGAACACAUACUCCUAGGGGUACUUUGCUGAAACAUAAAAGAAAAAGGUCUCUGAUUGAUUGGGCUCUGAGGAGGGGGCACUUUAAUCAAUCCGAUGGCCAGUCUGACCCACAAUCUGCCUCGCACAAGCUAUUCGGCCAGCCUCUUUCCUCCAUUUGUCCUGAUGGAAACCUGCCUAAACCAAUAAUGGACCUGCUAUAUCUGCUGUUCUGUGAGGGUCCAGAGACCAGUGGAAUCUUCCGUCGUUCAGCAAAUGCCAAAAACUGUAGGAUCCUGAAGGAGAGAAUGAAUGCUGGGCAGAGUGUUUCGCUGCAUGAACAAUCAGUGUUCGUCUCGGCAUCUCUAAUUACAGAGUUUUUACGCAAACUACCCGGUGGUGUUUUGUGCUGUGACUUAUAUGAGGACUGGAUGGAAGUGCUACAGAGUGAAGAUCAACAGGAUAAACUUAAUAGAGUCAGAGGUUUGCUUGCACAGUUGCCGGAGGAAAAUUGUACCUUGCUGUGUCACUUAUUUGGAGUGCUACACAAGAUACACACUCACUCAGAGGUGAAUCAGAUGACAGCAACAAACCUGGCCCUUUGCAUUGCGCCCAACAUGCUCUGGAGGUCUUCCCAAAUCAGCCCUGACAAAGAGGGACAGAGCGUGCUGCAGGUCGCUGCACUCAUCCAGUACCUGAUAGAAAACACGCCUGCCAUAUUUGGAGAUGAUCUGGAGAGUCUGUUCACCAGGCAGAUGAAUUCAGGGCAGGAAGCAUGUGAUUACACAGAUGGUUCAUAUUUUCUUCAGCACUCGUCUUCAGAAGACACAGAUCAAGACUUUACCAUUUCUUCUCAACUAUUGCCCGAAGUUCAUCCUCUUUUUCUGCCUCUGGCUGCACUUUCUCUGAAAGAAAAGAGACCCCAGCCCUUUCAUACUGAUAUGGCAACAACAGAAGGCGCCUAUAGCUGUGGAACACUGGAUUCCAUUCCCUCACGUUCCAGUGCUACUGCAAGCAUGCUGGGAGUCAGGGAACUCAGCCAAUCACGUGAUCGUUGCCUCUCUGAGCCUUCCAUGUAUUUCUCCACACCCCAAACACCUGCAUCGGCUCAUACACCUGUUAUCCGCCAAUCCAGCUAUGAUAUGGCUGUAACAGCGAGCAGAAGUGAGCAUUCACGCAGCUCCAUGGGGUUAAGUCCAGAACAGCAAUCGCACAACUCUGAAAUGGGUACAAGGAGGCGCCGUUACACUUUCUGGAAGUCACCCCAAAUCCCCACCCGUUUCCGUCAUCCUGCGCAAAGAUUGGCCAGCAUGUCAAGUCUGUCAUCUACUGCCACCUCUUCACUCAGCUCAUUGGAUAGUACAUUGUCUCUCAGCUCUGCAGAUCCCAUCCCCAGCCCUCAAGAUACACAGUCCCGGCCUUUUCUGUUCGGAGCUGCAGCGAGACUGCGGCCACUUACACCUGAAAUCUCCAGAAAGAAGUGGACAAGUACUUUCACUUAUGAAGAGGAAGAGGACAUUUGGAGAGAGAAAGUUCAAGAGACAGAAAAUGAGAAAGAGAGGGAAUUUAAAGCAGCUUUUCAUGACUGUGAAGCAGUAAAGGACGGAGAAAGAGCUGAGAAUGAGGAUGCCACAAGGUGUGAGUCCUUCAGCGACAUUCAUGAGGUUAAAAGUGCAACGAGACUAUGUGUGCCGGAAUGUCUCUCUGAGACUUUGUGCAGUGUGGAGUUUAGUGUGAAUCCAUUACAGUCCUCCACCGCAAGUCAGAUAAAGCCCAAUCCUGACUUGAAUUUGCAAGCGAUCUCACUGAAUCCAUGCAGUGUAUGGACAGUUCCACGAGUUAAUCCGGGUGACAAUGUAAUACAUGAAUGCCAGGUCACACAAAUGCUCACAAACGCACCUGCAACGGCACAAAAACAAAAAGAGGGCAAAGCAGAAAACUCAGGUCAGGUGCAGCUGGAGCAUCCAAAGACUAGCUCAAACAUUCAUGCCUCAGGUGGGCAGAAAGUGAGCAGAAUGAAAAUCACAGUCUUUCCAUCAGCAGGAAGAGUGACGCUAAAACAUUCGAAAGUCACAGAUCAAACUCAAAGCGUCUUGGGGGAAACAGAACAGAAAGCAGAGGGGAAAAUACGAGAAUCUGUCAAGGUUCAGAUACCACAGACGCUGUUUUAUGGUCAUAAUGUUCCGCUGGUGUUACUUAGUACACCUCCUCAGCAAACAGCAGUACAGGUGAGGACACAUUGUACUCCUGAUGAUGAUGCAGAUAUGAGAGACGCAGAUUUGAGUGAUGAAUCUGUUAGCAUUUUCACGACUGAUAUUAGCAACGGUAUAAGCAGUUCUCGGGCAGAGAAAAGUCCUUCUGUCAAAACGAUUAGUCAUAGUUUGAGCACUGUUGAUGACAUCCACCGCCCUGGCUACAUUACUGAAACCGUUAGCCCUGCUGUUAGCAUUAGUGGGGGUUGUAGUGUCAAUCCCAACAUUAAAGUCUUUCACAGCGAUGCUAAUCAGAGCAUGUCUUAUCCAAAACCCACUAACAAAUCCUCAGGAACUUUUCGUCACACAAUCUGUAUCAAGCUCCCUGGCCACAGAGGCACAGCACAGAACAAACCACUAUCAUAACUGCAUCUGGUGAUGUAAUACUUUAUGAAAAGUUCAUUUGCAAAAACCAAUAAAAUUAGCUGAUUGCUGUGCAUUGUUCUUCACAUAUAGUUCGAUCUGAACCCUAAAUACGUUAUGUCAAAAAAUAUGGUAUUGUCUAUUUUCAUGGCAUCGCAGGUUCACGUUUGACCAUCAAGCACUCUUGUUUUUGAGCAGAAGCCAAUAACAACAACCUUCGUAAAGGCUUAUCAUCUGAGAGGAUUACAAAGAUUAAACUUAAGUGUUUUAAAAUGUGCUUUAAAAUAAUAUGUUAAAAAAAAUUAUUUCAGUGAACAUUCAUUUUGCAAAUUACAUGUACAAGUUAUUAUUGCUUAAUCAAAACAACACAACUGCAGUUUGGUUGAUAUUACUUGGAAUGUGCAAUAAAAAAAAAAGUUUGCUUUCUGAAAUAAAAAAUAAAUCAAAUAAAGUUAUCGUUUUUUGCAAAUGAACUCUUCAUAUGUUGGUGGGGGUAUGCAGUAUAUUAAAUUUCAAUAACUUAAAGCCUUUAUGUAUAAUGCAUUAUAAAGGUAUUCAUAAUGUGUUUUGUAAUGCAUUUGUUUCAUAAUUAUAAUCAAAGUUAAAAUGUAGGCUAUAUUUGAAGGUUUGUUUUCGUGUGUUUUAAUACAUUAUACUUUAUGAAGGUGUAGCAAUUAAUAAAAUAAAUGUUGCAGUGUAUUACAACUGUAAUUAAUACUACUUUUAUAAUGCAUUAUAUAUAAAGGCUUUAAGUGAGCUGGUAAAAGAGUCUGCAGUUGUUAUGAGAGACACGGGCAUGUGUUUACUUGUAUGUGGUAGAGGCCACAGGCAUAAGAUGAAAAAGCAUUUCCACAAGGAUUUAACUGUUGGGUGCAUCUUUUCAAAAGUAUCUGCAGAGACACAUGAUGCAGUUAUGUGAAUGGAAAACUUGUUGAGGUUAGUCCAUGCUUGUAACGGAAGAAGAAAAAUUUCUGGGUACUAAAAGCUGACAGAAAGUGUAAAACAAUGUUGGCUGUUAACUUCAAAGAAAUAAAUAUAUUAAGAAAUUAUCCAAGUUAAAAUUAACUAUCAAUACAUUACAAUUUAUGUUACAAUACUGAAACCAAAACUUUAAACGUAGUAAACGUAAAAAGUAAAAAUGUAAUGAUGGCGACUAAAAUUGCACUGCAUUUUUGCAAAGAGAGUGGAAUAUUACAGAAUUUCCAUUUUUGGGUGAACUAUCAUAAAUUAUAUGAUUUUUAAACUGAAUUUCACGUUAAUUCGGUUUAUGUCUUAUUUUUUAUUCUGCUUUCUAAAUUCUAAUCAGAAAUGUACUAUGAAGGUUGUAUACAAAUUUACUUUUUAAAUUUAAUACACAUUUUAUGAAAUCUCUAAAAUGAUCCACGAGACCCUAAACCCAGUUUGAAACCCCUCUGGUUUAGAGUACAUGGCGUUAAAGCCAGUAGUUGUAAAUAUUUGAAGACAGUUAGCAUUUAAAAAGACAAUAUGCAUGUGCUUUAGGCAGAAUUGGAAAUUUAUGUGAGGGUAAUCACACUCUUGUGGUAGACGAUUUUAAGUGCUUUAGUGCAAAAGAGUAAACAACAGACGUCACAAAGGGCAUCACUAUAGUAACAAAGCAGGCGUCAGGAGAAGGGACUGUAAAGGCAGCAGGAAAGGGUAUAACUGAGAGAAGCAGCAUGAUCUGCAUAAGAUGCUCUAGUAAGACCUUUAGAACAUUAAGGAGAAACAAGUUGGUGGGAGGAGUUUAGACAUGCAAUCAUAUGGUUUAGAGUCAUGUUUGUUUAUAGUUGUAAUGUGAGAUGAGCUUUGCCACGAUCAAGACAUCAGACAGCAGACUCCCUUAAAUAAGUGAUGGCAGUAGUACUGUUUGUGACUUUAAUAGUUUAAUCAGAUUUUAAAUAUUCCAGAUGUUAAAAUACAUGUUUGCGUAUGUAUAUGUAAAUCAGAUUGAAUGGAAAUAUUUUAAAGGGGGACAAGAAAACUAAUACCACAAAAUAGAGAUUUUCAUAAUUUACAUUAUGGCAGUUGACUUUUACAAAGAAUCUAAAUGUACAUCUCGCAAUUCUGACUUUUUUUCAGAGUUUGCUAUUCAUUUUUAAAUCAGUAAAUAAAUCAGUAAAAACUUUGUAACAAAUUUUGUUUUGUUUUAUGUGUAUGUUUAUUAUUUAUUAAUGACAAAAAAACAUGCAGGAUGCCUUAUUGCCCAUUACGUCAUUUGACAUGAUCGAAACCUAUGCUGUUGAGAAGUUGUGAUUUUGGAUGUAGCUGUAGUGUGGUUGCACUGCUAAUUUUUGAGGGAAGGAUGCUAAUUUUCUGCCAAGAAAUGAAGGGUUCCAGUGAACUGUGGGAUGCGCAUUUGAGCAGCUUUCACCUUCACACAGAUGAAUUAAAAGAGCCACCGGCAUUUGGACACAGUUCUCUUUUACACCCACUCCUUUUUCACUCUUCACAUGACCACACAAUAUAACACCAUAAAGAUGUUAUGGUGGAUAUCUGCUGAAAUAGUAUGCCGUCUAAGAUGUGGGUCUAACAUAUGUGUAUAUGUGUUUAAAAAAUGCUGCUAACAAAUCGUUAGAUGAGACAAAUCAUAGCCAUGAGCUCGUAAACUCCUGUGAUAUUUAACACGGCUUCCGACUAAUGCUAAGAAGCUGUGUGCGUGUUUAAAUUACUCACAUGUGAUUUACUCGUCAUCAAUCUAUAGAAACCAAAGCAACAGAAAGCAGUGGGGAGUUACAGAAGUAACAGCAACUCAAAUCGAUCUAUAUACUUCAUUCAUUUAGCAGAAUUCAUUCUCAUGCACAGGUUUAUUUUCAAGCAAAACAAGACUGUUGCACGUUUUUAUCUGGAUGGUUGUCGUUUUUUAUUUGUAAUUGUACUUAAAUUUGUUUUAUAAAUCAAAACACUUAUCACUGAUUGUAUAUCUAAAAUCACAUUGUGUGUAAUUGCUGUUGUUAUUGUAACUGCUUUCACAGGUAGAAUAUAUGUAUAAAAUAAAUGCUUGAUCAAAGUUUAAAUAAAUUCUUUAUAAAAUAAA